AUGCGACCCGCCCUGCGUCUUCCCUUCAGGGAGGCUUUGUAUGUCUGCUCCAGCUGUAGACAAGAAGCCGUCCCACGGGGAGUUUCUCCCCUGACUCGCCAAUUCCGUCGCUACGCCUCCUCCGACUCUCCGAGCCUCCUCGAACGCACUCGCAGCAAGCUCUGGAAGACAGAGAAGCCGCCCGGGCCUGCGGAUCCAUACAGUGGAGAGUCGCAACUUCUGCGAGGGGCCGAGCCUGAAAAUGAGCAGGGUGUCGCGACGGGCGAGACCGAGGAGUCGGAGCUGAGCGCGGCGGACGGAUACAAGCAAGCCGAAACCUGGGAUGGGUUGGAGUCUAUUGGUUUUCUUCAGAAAGACAAAUGGGUCCAGGAGGGUACCCGUAAGGCCGAUAAAUAUGUGCCAUACGGCGCCGAAGUGAGAACUCGAUCUGUGCCAUAUGCACUUCACCAGACAACUGUGGAGUUAUGCUUGAUGAGCAUGCUGGGCAAGCCUUUGACCAGUGUGUGCGAUAUUCCGCGCCACAACCCUCAAAUCCUGAGCAUGCUCGACUCGUGCUACGUGGAUGCUUCCAACCCCAAGCAGUGGAACACUGCCCUCCGAUUCGCGGACCAGCAGAGCAUGGAAGCGCUUCUGUUCGUGUUCAAUCAGAUCGGCGGAGAAUCCACAGUCAAGGUUGAGCCAUCCGAACAGUUGAUCACCGACAAGUCCAGCAAGGAGGAUUCACACCGCCAGCUGUCUCUCGCUGACCCAGAUGUCAAAUUUGCCUUCGUCAAGCGUCUCUCCCAGCUCCUCGCUCGCCGAAUCUCCGACAAGGCCAUCACCUCAUCCUGGACCGUUGGCGACAUUCUCCCCGGCAUGGCCAUCCAGCUCAAGGAAAAGCCUAUCCAGGUCAAGAAGGUCCUGAAGAAGAAAGCUGCUUCCGGGCAGCUCCCGCCCAACCUGAAUUUCAGCCCCAAGCGCCUGAGCAAGCACCACGUGGAUGAAGAAUUUGGCCGGAAGAAGGCCGUCAUCUCCGAGUUCUAUCGCAGGGGGUACAUUCAAAAUUAG